UCUUUCACAUCUAUCAUGGCGAACUGCAGACGCCUUUUUGGGUUGUCAAUGCAAGUAGUUUCGCAAGUCUGGAAGUGUCAAAGAGCUUCUGCCUUAACAUCUAAACGAACAAUUACUGGCAGCUGCAUUGAUCCAUCACUUGGCCUUACAGAUGAACAGAGGCAAAUCCAGCAACUAGCAGCAGAUUUUGCUCGCAAUGAAAUGUUUCCUAACAUGGCAACCUGGGACAGAGAGGAGACAUUCCCAGUAGACACAUUGCGAAAGGCAGCUGAACUUGGUUUUGGGGCCAUUUACUGCCAGGAAAAAUAUGGUGGGACAGGUUUGUCACGACUUGAUGCCUCCAUUAUCUUUGAGGCACUUGCUCAAGGCUGCUGCAGCACUACAGCAUACAUCAGCAUCCACAACAUGUGUGCUUGGAUGAUUGAUGAGUUUGGAAAUGAAGAACAGAAAAAGAGGUGGAUACCACAACUGGCAUCCAUGGGCUGUUUAGCAUCCUAUUGUCUUACAGAACCAGGAUCUGGUAGUGAUGCUGCUUCUUUGACAACUUCUGCCAGAAAAGAUGGAGACAGCUAUGUUUUGAAUGGAUCCAAGUCAUUCAUCAGUGGAGCAGGUGCCACAGACGUGUACCUUGUCAUGUGUCGAACUGGAGAAGCAGGACCUCGUGGAAUUUCAUGCAUCUUGGUGGAAAAAAAUACACCUGGACUGAGCUUUGGCAAAAAAGAAAAGAAGGUUGGCUGGAACACACACCCAGCACGUGUUGUUUCCUUUGAUGAUUGCCGUGUACCAAAAGCAAACUUACUGAGUGUUGAGGGGCAAGGGUUCAACAUUGCUAUGCGAGGACUGAAUGGAGGGAGAAUCAACAUAGCUUCCUGUUCUCUGGGGGCUGCUCAAGCCAGUCUGGAACAAGCAUGUGACCACCUAAAAGUUCGCAAACAGUUUGGCUCAGCACUGGCCAGCUUUCAGUAUCUUCAGUUUCGAGUAGCGGAAAUGGCAACUCAGCUUGUUGCCUCACGUUUGCUGGUUCGACAGGCAGCAAUGGCUCUGCAAGCCAACCUGCCUGAAGCUGUUGCAUUAUGCUCAAUGGCCAAACUCUUUGUUACUGAAGAGUGCUUUCAGGUGUGUAAUGAUGCCAUGCAAAUGUUUGGUGGCUAUGGUUACCUCAAGGACUAUCCCGUCCAGCAGUAUGUUCGUGAUACACGUGUGCAUUGCAUUCUGGAGGGUACAAAUGAGAUGAUGAGGAUGCUGGUGUCACGAGACAUUCUUCGUGACAGAUGACAUCUUACACAUUUUAUUGUGGAUAAUAGAUAUUAAACAAUUAUUCAAGUUUUUUUUUCUUAAUGUACAGUUCACCAGGCAUGACAUUAUGUGAUGGUUCAGUAAUUCUUGCUAUUAUUAUAGUCUAGAUCCUGUAGACAUUAGUACAUUCUUAUCAUUUAGUUUGCUCAGUCUCUUAAUAUGCAGUCAUCUACUAAAUCAACUUUUGACAAUUUAUUGAGACUCGUGAAACAUUUUGGAGACAUCCAGCAGGGAUGUUAAACCUUUUUUCUAGUGAAGUUGGAUUUUUAAUUUUUUUAAUCCAUUUAAUUGGUGAGAGGCAUGAUGGGGAAAUAUUUUUUAUGCACUGGCAAGAGACUAUUUCAGUACUUUACAAUUUAAAUCAUUUUUGGUGGAAACUUUUUUAAUUCAGGAAUCUUUUGGAUCUGAAAGGAGUUGAGCUCCCCUCCCUUCCCUUUACAAAAAAAAAAAAAAAAGGGAAUAACUUUGAUGUUUAAUCAUAUUUGUUCAAUCAUGAAAUACCAAAGACUAAUUUUGAUUCUUUGAAGUUUUUUAUCUUAAGAUCUUUCAUCAUUGUGCACUAACAGAAAAGAUGUGAUUCUGAACAAAGUUGUAUAAAACUAUUUCAGAUUGAAAUUAUUACAUUUUUUGCUAAUAAACACUUGUUGUGACCAUCCUUUAAUAAGGUUAGUGGCACAUUUUAAGUGCUGAGAGAGUCGUAUAAGAUGUAAUCUUAUCACUAAAUGACGAAUAAAUUUAAGUAAAACAUUCUUUGAUCUGCAACUUUAAGACUAAUGGGUCAUAGAAAUUUUGAUAAAAAUUGUGAUUUAGCUUGAUGUAGAAUUUCUCAAGUCUUCUUGAGUCAUCAUCUGAUAAUAAAUUUUGAAAAGCU